AUGUGCGCCGAGAAAGUUCGGCUUCGUCCUGGACAGGUUAGUAGUAGUCCCAAAGACGCCAACGUGUGGCACGCCCGUGCGAAAGAACACGAAAAUGCACGUGCCCAUGUAGAUAGCCAGAACACCACCCCUACUCAGGCUCGAACCCAAGCGAAACCAUUGCGAGACCUUCAGAAUCGAGUCUACGAGUUGGAGACCCAUGUGAGGGCAGCGGGUUCCCAGCCCUCAUCCUCGGAACGAUACCUGGGUUUGGGUCAUCCUGCUGGUCCUCGAGCGACGUCGGACAAGAACGCCCUGCCGGACAGUGAACGAGCACUGUUGCGUGGGAAGAGCUUCAAAACGCAGUACUUCGGUCCCAGCCACGGAGCUAGCAUAUUACUCCAGUUUGAGGAGCUAUCUCGCUUUGUGAAGGACAUCCUACACCGGCUGCCGACGCUCGAGAAGCAUCGCGAUAUUUGGAAACACCAACGCAAGGAGCUCAAUCCCACAUUGAUGCUGCCGGAGUUCGACACCCUGGUAGCAAUGCUCCCAGAACAAGCUCGAGCGGACGCGCUGGUGCGGGAUUACUUCGAGACAUUGGAAACAACGUACCGUGUCCUGCACGCGCCCAUGUUCUUCCGGAAGUACAAAGAACUUUGGGGCGCAUCUCUCUCGAAAGACUCCUCGGUGUUUUUGGUCCAAUUGCUGCUAGUUUGCGCCAGCGUCAAUUGCGCGGUGGCAGGCGGUCCAUCGGGGUUUAGGGGUCGAAGCAGUGUUGGCCGUGACAUGGCUGUGAAGUGGAUCGAAGUAUGCGAGAACUGGCUCGAUCUCCAGAGCCAGAAACACGUGACCCUGGAGGUUUUUCAAGUACGAGCGCUGCUUGUCAUUGCUAAGAAGUUGAACUGUGUAAAGAUCAAACGGGAGUGGACAGUGUCUGGGCAAUUACUGCGUGCGGCCAUGUCGUCAGGUCUGCAUCGCGAACCCACGUUCCUAAGCAAAAAUAUCUCGGUAUUCGACCAGGAGAUGCGUCGGCGGCUGUGGUUCACAAUCUUGGAACUCGAUCUCCAAAACAGCCUCGAUCGAGGCAUGGGCACCAGCAUUGGUCCAUUCGACUGGGACACGCUCCCGCCUCUCAAUCUUCAUGAUGAAGAUUUUGACGAGGACACGGAAACGAUGCCUUUUGCCAGGCCGAUAACUGAGUUUACCCGGACCUCGUUUCUCUGCUUGGCCCAGCAACAUUUACCUCUCCGACUGGAGAUCAUAUCGACGAUAAACAGCAUACGCGUUUCACUAGAGAAGGAUGCGGCUAUUGAGCUCGACCAAAGGAUUCGACAAAUCCUGGAUACGAUUCCCGAAUGGAAUGAGAGCGCGGCAAAAGCCAUAUCGAAAGAUCUGUCGGAGCUGCUGCUGUAUGAGUCUCUCCUGCUCAUCCACCAACCAUUUGCAACCGAGCCAGGCGCCCAGGCCAAACACUUCUAUUCGCGCGCUGCUCGGCGUAGUGCCGCAUUAGCGACCAUGAAGAUAUUUACUCACCUUCGCUCCAGUAGCGGGAUGAUCAUGUGCAAUCUCCGAGACGGCUUGUUUCGAGCAUGCCUGGCGACUUGCCAUGAUAUUGUAGUCUCUGUCAACUCGAAGGAAGGCCUCAUGCAGGACCGAAGCACUGCGGUACGACUAGUUGAGGACAGCGUCAACCUGAUGGAAGACCGCAUACGCGGUCUCGGUCAAGGAUUUCAUUCAUACUGGCUUGCUGCUAGCGCUCUCGGUCUGCUGCGUUCCGAGCCCGCUGAUAAAUGUGCCCAGGAGACUGCUGAUCGGGUAGCGAAGCUGUUCGAGUAUAUGGUCCUGCAGCAGAUUGCUCCGCUGGAAGGGGUCACGGGUGUGGAAGACGCCACAAUGAGCACAGCGAACACCUUGGUUGGAAUGAGUGGACAGCCUACUCAAGCCUUGCCAGAGUUGGACCCGUUUGUGACGACAACGACAGAUCCAUUCAGUGCACUUUCCGAAACGCUGUUCGAUUUUGACAUCACGGACCUCUGGUCAAUGGGAGGCAUGGGUGGGGGAACUCACUACUGA